AUGUUGGUCGGCCUUUUAUGUGGCAUACCGCAUAGCUCCUUGAAUCUGUUUAGUGAGAUAGACUCCAAAUUUAGAUUUGCUUAGUAAACGAAAAAGACCUUCUUCUAAGUUGUUGACGACCUUUGGUAAUUUUAGUAUUCUACAUACCUGCUUGCCUAAAGCAGUGACAGGCCUCAGCACAAAACCUCCUAUCGCUCUUUAAGCAAUUUCAAUCCCAAUAACUCCCAUGGCCCCUUCUAACCCAUUUUCUUGGUAUGCUUCAUAAAGUGUCUGAGCAAAGACAGCAGCGUUAUAGAUGACCAUUAUUUGACUCGCAACAGCAAUCAAGGCAGGAAGAAAAUUAUUUUCAACAGCUUUUUAAGCUUAGUAGGCUCCAACGUCAACAUCCAGACCAAGAAAUAGAGUAGAAAGUGCGCCAAGGAAAACUCCGUAUGUCUGGGAUUUUUCAGCGAUAGCUUCAAUUUUCUAGAAAUACAUUUCAUCAAAAUCAUCAAUUUCACUUAACUCGAAGUCUUUUAUGGCUUCUGA